GCUGCUCCAUCCAGUCAGUACAACACACUCUGAGCCUUGAGUCCAGAACCAGAGAGCCUGAGACCUGUCACCAGAGAUGCAUCUUCCCAAUUUUCUUUUUGUGGUGGGGUGCUGUUGUGCCCUUUCAAUGGGUGCAGAACAAGAGAGUCCAGGGAGACGUUUCAUUCUGGAUUCAAUUGAGGAGGCAAAGAAAAUAGUAGACGCUGCUUACAAGUAUUCUCGUGAUGAGAGUUUAGCAAGGGUGCGCGGAGAUGUCAUCAAGCCUUCCGACAAGCUACGUCUGCUGAAACAGCCAGCUCGAAAAACACGAGAGGCUGUGAGAGCCGCAGACUACAUGGGGCAAACGCUCAGGCUGAUCAGUGAGAAAGCCCAUCAUAUACACAAGAGGGCCAUCAAUGCUACAGAUCUGCUCACUCAAGACGAGCUUGACACGAUUACACGUCUGACAGGCUGUGCUGCUCAUGCCCGGCCCCCUUCUUGUAGGACCAUACCCAACAUAAACAAGUAUCGAACUGCCAACAAUGUCUGCAACAACAGGAAUAACCCACUUCUUGGUGCAUCCAACACCCCUUUUGCCAGCUGGUUGCCUGCUGUCUAUGAGGAUGACAUCUCCCAGGCCAAAGGGUGGGAUCCCAACAAAUUGUUUAAUGGUGCAGCGCUGCCCAUGGCCAGGCUGGUUUCCAAUCGUAUUCUAAGCACUGCAGAUGCUGACGUAGAGAGUGAUCUUGACUUUACCUCCAUGCUUACCACUUUUGGGCAAUGGAUUGACCACGAUCUGACUUUAGCGCCAACCUCACCAAGCAUUAGGUCCUUUAGCAGUGGCCUCAACUGUGAUGAGAGCUGUGAGCGCUCUGAACCCUGCUUCCCAAUUCCAGCUCCUCCAGGAGAUCAACGCCUGCUUCCUGACUCCUGUCUCCCUUUCUUCCGUUCAUCACCGGUCUGUGGUUCUGGGAAAACAGCCAUGAUCUUUGGUAGGGUCCCCAAAGUUCGGGAACAGAUCAAUGCUCGUACAGCUUUCCUAGAUGCUGGACAGGUUUACGGAGCAGAGGAUGGGCUAGCAAAGGAACUGCGAGACCUGACUAAUGAUGGUGGUCUUCUACGUGUCAACGAUCAGUUCCAGGAUAAUGGACGAGAGCACCUGCCCUUUACCAAUUUUCAAAGUAACCUCUGUGCCACGCGUAGGAAAACCCUCAAUGACACCACCCUAACAGAGGUGCCUUGCUUCAUUGCAGGGGAUGUUCGUAUUGAUGAGAAUAUUGGUCUUACCUCAUUACACGCACUUUUCUUGAGAGAGCACAAUAGAUUGGCUCGUGCCCUCCAUGUGCUCAAUCCUACCUGGAGUAGUGAAACCCUCUAUCAAGAGGCAAGAAAAAUUGUGGGUGCCUACAACCAGAUCUUGGUGAUUAAGGAAUAUGUGCCGAUAAUUGUGGGACCUGAGGCUAACAAUAAACACCUUGGGCAAUAUCCAGGUUACAAUGAAAAUGUGGACCCUACCAUUGCAAACGUCUUUGCCACUGCAGCUUUCCGUUUUGCCCACCUGGCCAUCCAACCCAUCAUAUUUCGUCUUGAUGAAAAUUACCAAAACCAUCCUCAAUUUCCAGGCAUUCCCCUCUUCGAGGCUUUCUUCUCGCCGUGGAGGGUGAUAUUCGAGGGGGGCAUAGAUCCUCUACUCCGUGGAUUGAUUGGUCAGCCAGCAAAACUGAAUACGCAGGACCACAUGAUGGUGGAUGCUCUUAGAGAGAGACUGUUUGCAUUUACAGUCCGCAUUGCUUUUGACUUGGCCGCCCUUGAUAUGCAAAGAGGCCGUGACCAUGCAUUACCAGGUUAUAAUGCAUGGCGUCGGUUCUGUGGACUGUCUGCACCUCAGAAUGAGCAAGAAUUGGCUGUGGUGAUGAACAACACUGAAUUGGCUCACAGGCUGAUUGAGCUUUACGACACCCCUGAGAACAUUGACAUUUGGUUGGGAGGUGUUGCUGAGCCUUUUGUUCCUGGUGGUCGCGUUGGUUCUCUUUUUGCCUGCCUUAUCUCUAGACAGUUCCAGCACAUUCGCGAGGGUGACAGGUUUUGGUGGGAGAACAAAGGAGUGUUUACCACCAAACAAAAAGCAUCACUGGCCUCUGUGUCGCUGGCCCGCAUCAUCUGUGACAACACUGGAAUCGGCAGAGUUCCCAGAGAUCCUUUCCGCUUCACCAGUUCAGCCAAUUUUGUUAACUGUGGGGAUAUCCCUGCCUUAGACCUCAACCCUUGGAUUGAAACUGGUGACAGUGGCAUCAACAUUUCAGACAUUGGAAAUUAGAUACAGAGACCUUCCAAGGACCUCUGGGACCCAGAGGACCUCCAGGGGAACCUGGUCCACGAGGUGUAGCAGGCCCAUCUGGACCUCCAGGACCCCCAGGACCCCCCAUUAAUACUACAGGACAACAUUCUGCCUUCUUUGCUUUUGUUGGCAUCACCCUUCCUGCCUCUGCUAAAGUGAUUGUGUUCAGUCGGG